UAUAACGCUUGUAAAUUUUGGAGGUAUUCUCUAUGCCUUCAGUCUGUUGUUGGUUUGUAGCUUUGAUCACAGGUGACCUAACUGCCCCCCUUUUUUUUUCCAGUUUCCCCUCAUUUCCAGUUGUAUGUAUAUUAGACCACUUUGCUUCACAAUCUGCCAAUGCUUUUGCUCACUUUUUAUCCCUCUGUGUUUAAUUUUAUACAUUCUAAAAUAAAGACUUCCUUUUACUAUUUGUAGGUGUGUGUGUGUGUGCAUCUGUGGUAAAUGCACCUGAGUUCGGAUAUCUCAGAUGUACCAGAUUCCUGCUGGAGCUGGAGUUACCAGAGAUUGGGAGCAUCUGAUGUGGGGCUUCCGCAAAAGCCAGAAGUGCUUUCAAUUGCUGAACCAUCUCUCCGGCCCUUCAGCUUUCAAAUUGUGUUUUCAAGCCUAGUGAUUUUUUUCUUUGCCCCACAAAUUGACUGCUUACCCCACAUAAUGUAAUUUCUAUUGUUUACCGUGCAUAAUUCAUGUCUAUACAUCUAUUUUAGUUUUUUUUUUUUCACACUCUGAAUUCCUCAACGUGUUUAUAGACUUCCCUCUAAGUUUUUGGAAUGCAUAAAACACAGCACAAAUUACUAUUUUAACAUCCUAAAUAGCCAAAUAUGUCAUCUUGUGUUACUUCUGGUCUGUUUUAAUUGAUGCUCCCCCCACCCCCAACGUAACAGUUACACUUUCCUUUUUUCAAAGACUGGUGAUUUUUUUCAACUAGAUAAGAGUGUAAAGACCUCCCUGCUAAGUCUUCUUGUAUUUCUGUAAACAUUAUUGAGCCGAGUUCUAGUCUAUAGUUAAAUUUCAUGAAGACAGUCUGAUCUUUUAAAGGUUUGCUUUUCAGCUUUUAUGCUUGACCAAAAAGGCCUUAGUUUAAGGACUAACUUUGUAUUAAAUCUUCUGUCUCUGUGGGAUCUACAUUCAUGGGUUUAAUCAACUGUAGACAAAAAAAAAAAAAAAAGUUUUUCCUGUCUACAUAGAACAACUUGUUAAUAUUCCUUAAGCAACUCUGUUUAACAUCUAUUUAUAUCACAUCUGUAUUGAAUUGAGCAUUACCAAUGAUGUUUAGACGACCAAUUUUAAUGUAUUCAAGAUGCUGGGAGAUUAAAGCAUAUGCCUUAAUCUCAGCCUGUUCUGCAAAGGGAGUCAGUUCUGUGGCAAUGGAUGCACACACAGUGAGACCCUGACUCGAAAAGAAAACAAAAACCAGCAAGCUCCCCUCCCCCAUCAAAAGAAAAUAAAUGUAUACAAGAACAGAGCAUAGGUUUGUGUAAAGACAACGGCUAUUUAAAGAGUAUCCAGGGAUUUGGAUAUCAGCAAUUUGUAACAGAGUGCAUCUUUUACUGAUUGAAGAUGAAGCUACAGCUGUAGCUUCUUACACAAAGCAAAACCGAGCAUCAAGUGCAAACCAAAACAAAACAACAUCUGCUCUUCUUUUUCCGCACAUGAAACCGUUCUCCUGGACCACACAGUCCGCUAGGGUAACUGGGUACCAGUGAGGAAGCCUAGAGAAGAUUUUCUCCUAAGAACAGCUGAGCUAGCAAGGGAGACAGCAUCAGGGGGGUGGGGAGGGGGGCUCGGAGAGAGGAGCUCAGUCAGGAAGUCCGGACCAGGAAGGGGGGGGACACCAGAAUUCUAACAAAGGAAAGCGCGUCUUGGGUUGAAGAUGAAGCCAGGGUUCCCUGGAGAGUAGCGGAAAGUUCAGCGAGGGAGCACCAAAGAAAAAGACCCUGACUCCCGGCCGGACCGUGGCAAGCCAGCCGGGCGAGCUAAAAGACUAGCCCACUCAGCAGGCGUCGGUAAUUCCCAAGGACGCUGGAAGUGGGUGCGUGUGGCCGGUACGCAGAAGGCGGUGCGGCGCAAGGAGCCAAUCAGGACCCGCGCUGCCACGUGACGAGCCGUAACCAAUGGGAGGUGGCGGUGAGGGCAGCGGGGAAAUUCAAACGUGUUUCCGGAGAGGGGAUGCGGUACCGCUGUUUUGUCUGCAGCCUGGAUUUCUGAGCGGCUAUGGCUGAGUUACUGCGUUGUGGAGAAUCGCAGCCAAGAGUGACAGAAAGACUGCAGAGAGUUGACCAGUAACAAACACAUUCAUGCAGAUGACCGGAGUAUGUGCGCAAGUACUGUGACAGUACCUAGAACCUUGCAUUAGAAUGUUAAAAGCACAAAUAAUGGUUUUCGUCGGGGACAAACUGCUGAAAGUCAGUUAUCAAUAGAAGGAUGCAGAAUGCUCUCAAUGUCAGUAUUUACUCUGACAGAGUAGGCGACCAAAGGGACAACUUAUUCUCAUUACCAAACGGAUUCUAUAUGUCUUCUCAAUCACUACCAGAAUCCAAGAAAACAGGGCUCUCCUCUCCUUUUUCUUUUUAAAUGAUGAAAUCUACUGACUGCCCAGAGGAAAAAAAAAUUCUAGAAAAAAAGUGAAAGGAAGACAUUCAGUGAGAAGUCGUGUUUUAAAAGGCAUCAGCUGGACGUAGUGGUAUAUAUAUGUACACCUAGUGCUUGGACAAUGAAACAUGACCAGCUGCAGAUAUAGAGAGAUCAAGGCCAUCCUAGGCUUCUUAACACCUUUAAAAACACAAAAAUGGACAACAGAUUUUCAUGUGGGCAGUUAUCUCCCAGGUUCACACAGUGUAACCUCAAUGUUACUUUAUACUGGGAAGGAUAGAUGUGUUUUGGUUCCUUGAAACUAUUCUGUAACAAUUGCAUUUAGAUAGGUUUACAAAACUGACGGUCUGUCUUCCUCAUUCUGAAGACGAGUUGCAGUUUAGAGAUGGAGGCUGAAGAGUUAAUUGGCAGAAAUUUGACAAUUGAUUCCAUCAUGAACAAAGUGAGAGACAUUAAAAAUAAGAUAAAUGAAGACCUUACUGAUGAGCUAAACUCGAUCAAAGUCUGUGUUGACCCCACAGAAACUGUUAACCAAAUUAUGAUGGUUGAGAACACACCAGAGAACUGGUUGAAUUUCUUGCUGAAACUAGAGAAAAACAGCCCACCUCUAAACGAUGCUCUUUUAAAUAAGCUGAUUGGUCGGUAUAGUCAAGCCAUUGAAGCACUUCCUCCAGAUAAAUAUGGCCAGAAUGAGAGCUUUGCUCGAAUACAAGUGAGACUUGCAGAAUUAAAGGCUAUUCAAGAACCUGACGAUGCUCACGACUACUUCCAAAUGGCCCGAGAGAACUGCAAGAAGUUUGCUUUCGUGCAUGUCUCUUUCGCACAGUUUGAACUGUCUCAAGGCAAUCUUAAGAAAAGCGAACAGCUUCUUCAUAAAGCUGUAGAGACGGGGGCAGUGCCGCUGCAGAUGCUGGAGACUGCCAUCCGUAACCUACACCUCCAGAAAAAGCAGCUGCUCUCAGAGGAGGACAAAAAGAGUUUAUCAGCAUCUACAGUACUAACUGCCCAAGAAUCAUUCUCCAGUUCACUUGGGAAUUUACAGAGUAGGAAGAGCAGCUGCGAUCCCAAAGUACAGGCUGCUGCAGCCAGGAUUUUAUAUGGGGAGAACAUGCCUCCAAAAGAUGCGGAAGUAAGUCAUCGAAAUCCCUUAAAGCAAACUAACAAAACUAAACGGUCAUGCCCCUUUGGAAGAGUCCCAGUUAAUCUUCUAAAUAGCCCAGAUUACUAUGUGAAGACAGAUGGUUCAGCUGUGCCACAGUUUACAAAAAGAAAAAUAUCUGGAUCAGAAUACCGAGAUUCGAUUAUGCCUGGAUCCAAAUCAAGUGGAAAUGAUUCCUAUGAAUUGAGAGGUUUAAAGCCCAUUCAAGCUAUCCAUUUGAAAGACUCUCUGGUGUCCAAUGAAAAAAGUUCUGAACUUAUGUCUGAUUUAGUAACCUUGAAGAGUAAAACGGAUUCAAGUCUAACAAAGUUGGAAGUUUCAGAACCUAAAGUGCGUCAAGAACCGGAGAUUCCAGAAAGAAGGCACAAGCAGUGGCAGUCUGCCAGAAAGCCAGGCUGUGGGAUCCAGAACUCGGCUGCCUUUGCCCCCCAGUGGCACGUUCCAGAUGUAACCCCAAAGGCUGAUAAAGAGAAGUGUACCACUGUUGAGCAACUUGCCUUUUCUGUUUCAAAGCAGUCACCACCAUUAUCAGUUCCUAAAUGGAUUGAUCCAAAGUCUGUCUGUGAGACACCUAGUAGCAGUUCCUUGGAUGAUUACAUGAAAUGUUUUAAGACUUCAGUUGUAAAGAAUGAAUUCCCACCUGCCUGUCCAUCAUCAACACCUUACAGCCAACUUGCCCGCCACCAGCAGCAUCAGCAGCAAGGGCUCAGCACUCCUCUUCAAAACUUACAGAUUUCAGGAUCCUCAUCAAUGAGUGAAUGCAUUUCAGUUAACGGAAGAAUUUAUUCCAUAUUAAAACAGAUAGGCAGUGGAGGUUCAAGUAAGGUGUUUCAGGUAUUGAAUGAGAAGAAACAGAUAAACGCUAUCAAAUACGUGAACCUUGAAGACGCAGAUAGCCAAACUAUUGACAGCUACCGCAAUGAGAUAGCUUACUUGAACAAGUUACAGCAGCACAGUGAUAAGAUCAUCCGCCUCUAUGACUAUGAAAUCACGGAUCGGUACAUCUACAUGGUGAUGGAAUGUGGAAACAUUGACCUGAACAGUUGGCUUAAAAAGAAGAAAUCCAUCAAUCCAUGGGAACGCAAGAGCUACUGGAAAAACAUGUUGGAGGCCGUACACACGAUCCAUCAACAUGGCAUUGUUCAUAGUGAUCUCAAGCCUGCUAACUUUCUAAUAGUUGACGGAAUGCUAAAGCUAAUUGAUUUUGGGAUUGCAAACCAAAUGCAGCCAGAUACAACAAGCAUUGUUAAAGAUUCUCAGGUUGGCACAGUAAACUACAUGGCCCCAGAAGCAAUCAGAGACAUGUCUUCUUCAAGAGAAAAUGGGAAAAUCAAGACCAAGAUAAGUCCCAGAAGUGAUGUGUGGUCCUUGGGGUGCAUUUUGUACUAUAUGACCUACGGGAAAACACCAUUUCAGCAUAUCAUUAAUCAGGUCUCUAAACUACAUGCCAUAAUUGACCCUAGUCAUGAAAUUGAGUUUCCUGAGAUUUCAGAAAAAGAUCUUCGAGAUGUGCUAAAGUGCUGCCUAGUACGGAACCCUAAAGAGAGGAUAUCUAUCCCCGAGCUCCUCGCACAUCCAUAUGUUCAGAUUCAGCCCCAUCCAGGCAGCCAAAUGGCUAAGGAGACCACUGAUGAGAUGAAAUAUAUGUUGGGUCAACUUGUUUGCCUGAAUUCUCCUAACUCCAUCCUGAAAGCUGCGAAAACCUUGUAUGAACGUUAUAAUUGUGGUGAAAGUCAAGCUCCUUCAUCAUCCAAGACUUCUGACAAAAAGAGAGAAAGAGAGUGAUGCACAGCUUUGCACAAACCAAAACACUAAACGGAUUUGUCUGCUACUCCUGAAUCUGAGGAGAUUUACCUGUGGGGAACAACCCAAACUUUAGUAGAUUAUCCUCAGCUGUAAGUUAACCACUCAUGGCACGUGUAUAUUAAGUCAUAGAGUUGUGCUUUUGUUCUACUUUUCUGUAACUCUAAUCUGUCUGGUAACAUUUCACAUUUGAAACAGUGGAUGAUAGCUGGAAUGUUGAAGAUCUCUGUAAAUAAAGCUUUACCACAGUU